AUGGGAGACCAAAAUGCACCCUUCAAAUCCUUGAGAGCACUAUUCACAAAUAGCACAAAGAAGAAGAAGAGAAUACAGAGAGCGAAAAAGGGAAGCAAAAAGAAAAACGUACAACACCAGGCAUUCGCUGGUCGUCACCGACCCAACUACUACUCCGGCGAUUGGCAGCUUAUCUAUGGGAGAGCGGACGGGAUCCCGAGUUCUCUACCAUCUAUGGUCCUACCUGGCAGUCUCCGAGAGGGCCUGCUUCUCCGCUCUGCCCGUCCAGAUGAUGCCACACUCGACGACAGGGCUAGGCUGGUAGAAGAGUACGCGAUUAGGACUGUCAUGGACCUGCGCACCAAGACCGAACACCUCAACCAGGCCAGGAAACGGGAUACUGACCUGAAGCUGCCUGCUCUUGCCAAGAGCAAUGCUGCUCUAGCUGAACCCGUGCAGAUCCCCGGGCUGAACUACAUCGAGAUCAAGAUCACUGGCCGCAACUUUGAACGCUUCUUGCUGAGCCAGCUCUCGUGGAUAUCCUACUUCAAACUCAUCUUCCUUUUCAUAUUGGGCUACAGAAUGCAAGCCAUCUCUAUCCUUGGGCGUGAAGUAAUGCAGCCACAGGGCCUGACUGGUCUAGCCUUGGCUACGGUGGAUCAAUCCGGGCCUGAGAUCGCCGAGGCUCUGAACUCUAUCAUUGACCCUUCGGGCCUGCCUUUGCUAGUGCACUGCACUCAGGGAAAGGACCGCACGGGCAUCAUUGUCGCCCUGGUUUUGAUGGUUCUCGGCGUCUCGGUCGAGGCCAUCGACUACGACUACCGGCUUUCUGACGAGGCGCUGGCGCCAGAGAGGGAGGCGAGGCUGCGGGAGAUCCGCGAAAUCGGCCUGACGGACGACUUUGGCAGCACCGCGGAAGGUCUGAUCGAGGACACGGCCCAGCACCUGGAAACAGAAUACGGCGGUGUAGACGCCUACCUGGACGGUAUUGGGUUUGACCGGCAGCGACGGGAUCGGCUCCGAGAGUCGCUGCUCUACUGA